GUUCCUCUAAAAAAUAUUGCUUGUCUUCAAUGUUCAACACUCUUUUUGUAUUGUCGAAUACGAAUCAUUAAACGUUGAACAAGUCAGACAACCUUUCUGGAUUUAGUUUCUCUUAUAGAUAUAUUUAAUUGAUUAACUUCUUUUUGAAAUUGUACCCCAGAAUAACAGACCUUGUUCUUUGCAUUUCAUACCAGUUUACUUACCCUUUUCUCCUCCUUGUAAUAUCACUUCCUAUAUUUUUCGGAGUCGAAGUGUUUGCACUUUUGUUGGAAAACAAAGAUCUAAUUAUUAACUAUAUUUAUAACUUUUUUACUAGAUACCAGAAUUGUAGAAGAUGUCGGGAUCAUCAAAAGAAAUAGUGGAAAUUCGUCCCGCAGCUACUGAAGAAGACUGGAAAACUGUGAAAGCCAUUGCAGUUAGUGGUAUCACUGGACAGUCUAAGAAUUUAUCUCAGCAAAUAUUUUGGCAUCCUGUCUACCUGAUUGCUUUUGGAUUAGUCUUCAUGGGAGUAUUUCGCAUGGCCAAUAUGGCAGAGGGAAACACAUUCUUGAGAACAGUCUUGUUAGGAGUCUUUGUAAGUGCUUUUUUCUUAACGAUUAUGGAAAUUCCGUGUCGAAACCUAUUUUCUUCUAUUGCUGAUGAAAUGACUGAAGAUACCGGUAACUUACGCGAUGAAAAUCUUAAGCAUUUCUACUUGGCCUAUAUUAACAAAGAUCGUUUGAUUGGAAUUAUUGGUAUCCUUCCUCCCAAUGCAGUGGGUGCUUACAAUAAUACUCCUACCGUCGUUCAUUGGAAUGUAAUUCCCAAAUUUUACAAAUUUGCUUAUGAUUUACUCGAUGUGGCUCUAAACAAAGCAAAGACAAUGAAACAAAACAAGGUUUCAGCUGAAGUGUUUACUACUGAUAAAUGGAUUCUAGCAAGUCUCAAGUCUGAUGGCUUUGAACCUGUUGUAGACGAGGCAUUUGACUAUCUCUCCUUUUUUGGUUUGCGACAUGUUAUAUUACAAACCAGUCUAAAGGAUAGACCUAAAGGUGAUAGAAAAUCGAGAAACUGAAGAAAAGUUUACCCUCGUUGUUCUAAUUUAUGAGUAAAACCGCCAUUUAGAGUCGAAGAAAUCUAAAGAAUCAAAUGACAUGGAAUAGGAGGCAUAAUGAAUUCUUGAGGUUAAAUUCUUUAAAAGGUUUUCUUUUCUCGUUUGUAAUGACUGCCAGAAAUUUAUGACGACAGUAACCAGCAAGGAUUCUGUGAAUAACAUUUUAUUGAAGAUUCCUCAACAUAACCCUGUUUAUUCUAUAAAAGCUGUUUAUUUGUUUUUUUCAUCUUCAUUUACUUACGUUCUGUGCAAAGAAAAUUAUCAACUUCGCACUUCAUAUCGAUAGCCAUUUUUGUCAAAUUGCAAUGCACAAAUCGUGUAUUAUGCUGCAGUAACAGUUCGUUUUUUUCUUGAUCAUUCAAUUAAAUGGAAAACUGCAAAGCUGCUAUAGGAUUAAACCAUCAACUUAAUCCCUGUUGUGUAUGUAGUAUUUUCACGUAUGUACUACUUCAGUCAUACUUAUAAUUGAUGGCAAUUCCCUAUCGCCAUCUUCUUAUGUAAGUUCAGUUAUUUUACAGCUUUAACAUAUUAGAUAUUUACUGUAAUAUAUAAAACAAUUAAUAUCAUUUUGA